CCGCAACCCAAACAAAUAAAUCAGGCGUCGCUACACCAUUACCCCACCAAUCGAUCUACAUACCUUAAUUGAGAGCUCUUUAAGAAGAUAUAUUUUCCGUUAUAUACCAUUUUAUUCUACUUCGAAGGGUCUCAGUAUAAAAUCCAUUCUCCAGUCACCAUGUCUACUCCAAUGUCCGAUGGCUCCCCGGCCCAAGAAUCCGAGAACCCUCUCCUCCGCGCCUCAAAUCCGAUGGUCUCUGAUCUAGAACAAGAAGUUCUAGAUGAAUACUCUAGAUUACUGGGCAAUGUAAAUAAGCUAUCCGAAAAGCUCGCCGACCUCUCCGGCGAUCCCUCAUCCCUUACUCUGGACGGCCUUAGACUUCUUGAACGGAAGACGGCGACUGUCUGCACACUUUUGAAAGCUAGUGUGUACAGCAUUGUGCUCCAGCAACAGAUCUUCAACGAGAAUGAGGAGCAGCAACAGAUGGAGCAGCAGGGUGAUCAGAUGCAGUAUCAUGAUCAGGGGUAUGAUUAUCAAGAUGAGGAUAUGAGUUUUGAGGGGCGAUUUGCUUGAUAUUGGUCAACUUUGCUUCUGUAAUUAUUGUACGGGUUUUAUUUUUGCUUCUUUUCUCUUGCAUAUAUAGGUGUGGGCCAUGCGUA